AUGGCCGCUGCUGCUUCUCCCCUAAAGGCCAGGACAUCUCAGCUAGCCAAGAUCAAGUGGGUUGUCAGCAUUGUAUUCUAUAUAUUGCAGGCUGCUUUGAUGAUCUCUCUCAUAUGGAAAUACUACUCCGAGCCAGUGACUGUGCUCCCCAGUAAAUGGAUUGCACCCUUGGAACGUCUAGUAGCUUUUCCCACUGGGAUUGCAGGCGGUGUUGGGAUUACUUGUUGGCUUGUGGUAUGCAACAAAGUUGUGGCCAUUAUGCUGUACCCCAUCAGCUGAGACAAGCAGAGAAGGCGGCUCCGGACUCCCCGCAUCCAUCGUGUACAGUCCACGGGAAGUCCGCAAUCUAUUUAUUCACUUUUUUGUUUGAUAUAUGAUGUAUUAUUUGUGCUGGUCCGUCCAUCAGAGGUCGUGGGAUAUGAUGUCACUGUGUGUGCUCAGGUCAUUGUAUGUCAUCUUAUUACAUCACAUGUUAAAUAAAGCAAAAAAUAUAUAAUAA